AUUCUAGUCACCGAGUAUGAUCAGACCCUCAAAAUGAACCCUUGUAGGAGGGGGGUGUUUUAGCUCAUCGGCGCCUCGCCAUACGAAAAGCACAACCCAGUGUUUCUUCCAAUGCACGAGCAACUAUGCUAUUGCAGACGCUGUUCUCGGGGGCAAAAACGACUUGAGGAGCUAUUGUUGGGCCCCUCUCUUCGCCCGGGGCUCGGACUUUCACUCAAGCAGCCGUUCUUCAGCGGGUUACUGGCACCCGUAAUCAGCAAGAAGUACCCGAUAACAGGCAGACGGGGUGGAGUUUCUGUGAACCUGUGGUCGAAGAGGGCGGAAAACUUGGGGUGGCAAUUUAGGGAUUAUAUUGACCAAUUAAUAAACUCCGAUACUUGGAAAAAUAAGAACCAGUAUUAUAGAGGUUGGAAGCCUGAACCGGUUGCAACCUCUGCCUUUUUUCCUCCGGCGAUGAGAUUUAGAGAUUCUGAAGAGCUGCCGGGGGCUGCGAGAAAUCCUAUGGGACUACUGUGGUCUGUGGUGGGCCCAAUUCUAAGAUUCUUACACUUCUUGAGUAUCCUCCUCCUAUUGGUAAGAUAAUUUAUCUAUCAUAAAGGUAUCUACCGGUACUCUGUGUUGCUCGUGUCAAA